AAGCCCCAAACCAACAAGAUUCCGACUCAUCCUAGGCACCGCCACGCCAUCAGUUGGUCGCGGCUUCCCGACCCGUUCCCUCGUCCCCAACCCCGGCCGUCUCCUCCUCCCGCACCGCCCACCAAUCCAACUCCGAAUCGUCCACCACCCACCCCCAAAUUCUCCGGCCGCCGCAUCCAGCAGAACCCGGGGGAGAAUCUAACCACCAACGCGCUAGAGGAUUUUUAUCCAGGAAGCAUGAGCUUGGGCCGCCACGGCCCUCGGCGUCGAGCUCGAAUCGGGAGAUAGGAAUCCGCGCGGACUAGAGCCCCAGAGGAGAUGUCCUCUACCUCCUCCUCCUCCUCGCAGGAGAAUAAACCCGCCGCCGGGACAGAGCAAGAGCGGCAGCCUUCCAAGGCAUGGGGGAUCCUCGUCUUCGGCCUCGUCGGCGCCGCCACCGCCACCCUCGCGGUUGCCCAAGUUCGAAGAAGUGUUGAUUGGUUCUACACUCAGCUGAAUAAGAUGCAGACAACAUCAUCUUGGAGGAGCACAAGUAAGAGUUCUAGUCGUGGAAGUUUCAGUGAAGACGCUAGGAAAAGAUAUUAUCAACGGAUGCAGCAGGAAUAUGAGGAUGAACAAGAGAGAGUUCAAAGAAUUAGGCACAUGCAAAGUGUUUUCAACCGAGAGAGGAAUAAAUUCAGGAGAAGUUAUGAAAGUUGGAGGGAGAAUGGCCCUCCAGGUGGAUAUAAUUACAUCCCUCGGGAUGACUGGUAUUGGCAGACGGAUACGUCUAACUCGGAACAUAAAAAUAAACGGACAUAUACUCCGGCAGGACCAAGGGUUUUUCCUAUGUCGCAUCAUUAUGCAGUUCUUGGUCUUGACAGGUCCCGUGGGACGCCAUACACGGAUGCAGAAGUAAAGAGUGCUUUUAGAACAAAAGCAAUGGAGGUCCACCCUGAUCAAAACCAAGAUAAUAGAGAGACUGCUGAAGAAGAGUUCAAGGAGGUUGUCAAAUCUUACGAGGCAAUAAAACUGGAGAGGAAAAAUAAUGCAAGUUGAUUGGAGCUCCUGGGAAGAGCUUGGAUCACUUCUUACAAAACUGUAUACGGAAUUUGCAGGCCAUGUUUGUCAGGUGGAUGACCAAGGAGGAUCUUCUGUAGCUCUUGCGGCCUGUAGCACACGAUUUUUAUCGGUGAGUUUGUUCUUGGGAACACACGUCCCUGAUGUAGACUAGGAUAUUGUCGACAAAGAGAUGUGUUUCUCUUCGCAUAGCAAGUGACUUGACCAUAAACUGGGCAAGGAGCCAACAUUUUUGUUGCCACCUGAGAUGGGAAUAUGUAUUCCAGAUUCCAGCGCUGUACACCAGAUAUGUUGUGUUCAGUUAGCCUGAUCAAACAUAAAAGGGUCUGUAAAUAGCAGGGUGUUUUUAUUCUGGUCGGCAGUUCAGCCGUGGUGUUAUACAUCGUGUUUGGUAAAAAAAAAACUUGUAUACAUCGUGUUGCUAUGCAGCAACGGUGCAUCUUUAACAAAAUAUAAUCCAUCACAAAGUACAA